GAGCAAGGUUCAAGCGAGCCAAUAGAGGAGAAAAUGGCGUCUCAUUCUUAUGUAUCAACUACUCUGAAUCUCAAUCUCUCAACUCUUACAGCUUCACUUCCUCCAUUCUCAUCACCUUCUUCAAAACUCUCUGCUCUUCGUAUUUCUAACUCAUCAUACUUUCCUUCAAGAAGACUCGCUCUCUUACACCUCGGCUCAGUUCUUCCAUACUCACCAUUGUUAGAUGUAAAAGCAUCAAAAUUAUUAAGAGCAGAUGGGAGCACUGCAGAUAGACUUAUGGCACAAGCAGCCACUUCUACUACCACAAAGGAAAAUGUAUUAGAGUGGGUCAAGAAUGACAACCGAAGAAUGCUCCAUGUUGUCUACCGAGUUGGAGACUUGGAAAAGACUAUAAAAUUCUAUACUGAAUGCUUGGGAAUGAAGCUCUUGAGAAAGCGUGACAUACCUGAGGACAGGUACACGAAUGCUUUUCUAGGAUUUGGGCCAGAAGAUUCUCAUUUUGUUGUUGAACUUACGUACAAUUAUGGAGUUGACAAAUAUGAUAUUGGUACUGGUUUUGGCCAUUUUGGUGUAGCUGUUGAGGAUGUUGAUAGAACUGUUGAACUUAUAAAGGCAAAGGGUGGGACUGUUACCAGGGAGCCUGGUCCUGUUAAAGGUGGCAGUACAAAAAUUGCUUUUAUUGAAGAUCCUGAUGGUUACAAGUUUGAGCUUUUGGAGAGAGGACCUACUCCUGAGCCCCUUUGUCAAGUAAUGCUUCGAGUGGGUGAUCUUGACCGUGCUAUAAACUACUAUAAGAAGGCUUUUGGCAUGGAGCUUCUUCGUGUAAAGGAUAACCCCGACCACAAGUAUACAAUAGCCAUGAUGGGCUAUGGUCCUGAAGAUAAGAACGCAGUGCUGGAAUUGACUUAUAACUAUGGGGUCACAGAGUAUGAUAAAGGAAAUGGUUAUGCACAGAUUGCAAUAGGGACAGAUGAUGUUUAUAAGACCGCAGAAGCAGUUAAAUUGUCUGAAGGGAAAAUAGUCCUCGAACCUGGUCCCUUGCCUGGUCUCAAUACAAAGGUUACUGCUUGCUUGGACCCAGAUGGUUGGAAAACGGUUUUCGUUGAUAACAUUGAUUUUCUGAAGGAGCUAGAAUGACCAACUGUCAAAUAACAACUGCCAAAACCUCUAUCCUGAACCCAAGGAAGCUACAUUUUUUUCUGUAGUGCCAUCAGUGAAUUGAAGGAAGCUUACUGCUUAGGGUAAUUAUCUAAAAGCAGAACAUCAGUGAACAUACCU